AUGGGAUGUAUAAAAUCAAAAAGGAAAGACAAUCUGAAUGACGAUGGAAUAGAUUUGAAGACUCAACCAGUACGUAAUACUGACCGAACUAUUUAUGUGAGAGAUCCAACGUCCAAUAAACAGCAAAGGCCCGUUUCAGAAUCUCAGCUUUUACCAGGACAGAGGUUUCAAACUAAAGAUCCAGAGGAGCAAGGAGACAUUGUGGUAGCCUUGUACCCCUAUGAUGGCAUCCACCCAGACGACCUGUCUUUCAAGAAAGGAGAGAAGAUGAAAGUGCUGGAAGAGCAUGGAGAGUGGUGGAGAGCCAAGUCGCUCUCCACAAAGAGAGAAGGCUUCAUCCCCAGCAACUACGUCGCCAAAGUCAACACCUUGGAAACAGAAGAGUGGUUUUUCAAGGAUAUAACCAGGAAAGACGCAGAGAGGCAGCUGCUGGCGCCCGGGAACAGCCCUGGAGCUUUUCUCAUCAGAGAAAGUGAGACAUUAAAAGGAAGUUUCUCUCUGUCUGUCAGAGACUAUGACCCCGUGCAUGGUGAUGUCAUUAAGCACUACAAAAUUAGGAGUCUGGACAAUGGCGGUUAUUACAUCUCUCCACGAAUCACUUUUCCUUGUAUCAGUGACAUGAUUAAGCAUUACCAAAAGCAGUCAGAUGGCCUGUGCAGGAGACUGGAGAAGGCAUGCAUCAGCCCCAAACCACAGAAGCCGUGGGAUAAAGAUGCCUGGGAGAUCCCUCGGGAGUCCAUUAAGUUGGUGAAGAGGCUCGGUGCUGGGCAGUUUGGGGAAGUCUGGAUGGGUUACUAUAACAAUAGUACCAAAGUGGCUGUCAAAACCCUGAAACCAGGCACUAUGUCUGUGCAAGCGUUCCUGGAAGAGGCAAACCUCAUGAAGACCCUUCAGCAUGACAAGCUGGUGAGGCUGUAUGCUGUGGUCACCAAAGAGGAGCCCAUCUACAUCAUCACCGAGUACAUGGCCAAGGGCAGUUUGCUGGAUUUCCUGAAGAGUGACGAAGGGGGCAAAGUGCUACUUCCAAAGCUAAUCGACUUUUCUGCUCAGAUUGCAGAGGGAAUGGCAUACAUUGAGAGGAAAAACUACAUUCACCGGGACCUGCGAGCAGCAAACGUCCUGGUCUCCGAGUCGCUCAUGUGCAAAAUUGCAGAUUUCGGGCUUGCUCGAGUGAUUGAAGAUAACGAGUACACAGCAAGGGAAGGUGCUAAAUUCCCCAUCAAGUGGACUGCUCCAGAAGCAAUCAAUUUUGGAUGUUUCACUAUUAAGUCUGACGUGUGGUCCUUCGGAAUCCUCCUGUAUGAAAUCGUCACCUAUGGGAAAAUCCCCUACCCAGGGAGAACUAAUGCCGACGUGAUGACUGCCCUGUCGCAGGGCUACAGGAUGCCCCGCAUGGAGAACUGCCCAGAUGAGCUCUAUGACAUCAUGAAAAUGUGCUGGAAAGAAAAGGCGGAAGAGAGGCCGACGUUUGAUUACUUACAGAGCGUCCUGGAUGAUUUCUACACUGCCACGGAAGGGCAGUAUCAGCAGCAGCCUUAGAGCGCAGGAAGACUCCAGCCGUUCGCAGGGACGGCUGCCUCACUGAAAAGAGAAAGUGUGAUCCCUGGUUGCACUAGUCACUCAUGUGCUGGGACCAUCGACCGUCCCUGCUCCUGAAAGUGAGGCUAAAUUACUCAGGAAGAACACUCUCCACAUGGAAAAGUAUUCUCUUCUCAUAGGCCGAUGCCCAUGGUUUGCAGCUCGGAUGGCCCCCAGCUGGCCAUCUUGCUUUGCUAGACCAAGAUCUGAACACGAACUUCUGAGAAGAAAACACCUGUCCUAUCCAGAAUGCACCUACUGGGGCCCCUCGUUUACAACUGGUUGUGUGACUCGGAGAUUCAGGGGCCGUUUCAAUAAAUCCCCAACAGCAGCAGAACUAAACUCACUCAUAAAGAUAAAAUAACAAGAUGCCUAUUAUGACACUUCUUUCUAUUUUCUCUGUGCUUUGGCUGAUUUGUUAAAAAAUUACUAAUCCAACCUGUUAGAUUUUGCAGGUAAAGUCAGAAGCUAAAAAAUGUCUUUCCAAGAUUUCAGUGAUUUCCCCUCCCCCAAAGUCUGAGACUGUUAAACAUUUUCCUUCCUUGGAGGCUGCUUGGAACCCCCGGAUGGGAAGCAGCAGCACUUUCCUGGUCUCUUCCCUGUCAACGCGUCACUUGUGAGCCUGCAGAGCUGCUGCGUUAAGCAACGUGGAGCCCCGACGGCCGGGCCCACCCAGAUCACCCGGGAAAGAGAGCUGAGCCUCAGAAACUGCUCUCCCUUCCAAAGGGAUGUUUUUAAUGGUCCAGCUUUUCAAUUCCACCGUUUCCUACCUACAGACUUUUUUGACAGUGUAGUGUGGAAGAACAGCAAGAUUUAAUCUCUGCAGAACCUUCUAGGUCCUUAUAAAACUUAAGAAUUUUCUUUGUUGCUUCAGAUGAUUUGAACAUUAUUUUAAUGAUCAAGUAUUAAUUUUAGUUGUACUUUAAAAAGUAAAAAUGCGAUAUUUGGGGCUAUUUUCGUGAUUCAGCAAUCUUUUCUAAAUCAUGUAAGAUGUGUGUGAGACUAUUUAUACAAGAAUGUGAGGGAAAGUAAGUGACUUGAGGCUCCGAUGAGCCGCUGUAGCAAGGGAUACGAGAGGUCUUGUUUACUGAGCUUUCCUACUGUAAGCGCUGAAUGGGAGACGCUGUGGCACAUCACGUGUCACUCUGCUGUUGUGUAUAUAUCUAAUGUUUCUAUUUUGUGGUUUUAUUUUAAUACACCUGGCCCAGUAAUGUCUCAAGCUUUUUACUUGUGUUUAACAUUUCCAACUAUCGUCAACAUAGAAAAAUGAGUACAAAUUGGGGAAAAUGAGAGGUGACCCCAUAUAGUUACGUUGUCUAAAAAACUUGUACGACUUCUCCCUCCAUCCUUUGAGUGUUUUCAGAUUGGAGAACUGAGGAGUUGAUGGCCUGGACACCUGAACAUCCCUUGAUGGGAGCAAGUAGGAUCUGUUCUCAAAUAGGCUUAGCAGGCACCACUAAGGUUUCAUUUGGUAUGGGCUGGCUAGGUGUUAGGUGCCUAGGGGAAGGGAUAAAAUAUUCUGCUUUCCCCUAAAUUUUAACUUCUUUUCCUGUGUCAUUUUUUUAAUGUCCUUUCUAAAAUAUUCUAAAAUUCUCAAUUCACAAGUGCCGCAUUCACAAAGAUAGAAUAUUAUCUUCGUAUAAUGUUUAUGAAGCUUGAUUCACGGUGGUAAGUUUUCCGCAUACACCCACCUGUUCAUAUUUUACUUCAGAAUCACGCGUAUGACCCAACAUGUUGCUUGGAGAAACAACAUAAAGAAUCCCUAAAGCAAAAAGAAAUCUCUAGAAAAUUACUAAAUUCAUCCUCCCCUUGUUUUUCUUCUCUCAAUUCUGCUUCCUUUUGCAAUUUUACACUCAACUUUCCCUCUCAAUCAAGUAUGUGAUCCUUUCCUCCAAGUGUCCCCCUCAUCCCCUUGGGCCUCGUCACUUUCAACGUGUGCUCAAGCCACGUAGCACUCAAAGGACAGCAAGCACAGUCUCUUCCUUUGGCAGUAGAAUUCCAACCUCCUCAUGACUCACAGGCAGAAUGAGGGACUGAGGGGGUGUUUGUAAAAUCUUAGAGUCUCCAGUGGUGUGCAGAGUGGCUUAAAUCAUCACAUCCCAGGUCGUUACUGAGAACUUGAAAAACAGACUCCCCACUCCCCUUCGCCCCAAGAUCCUGCCUUCACUGGUCUGCAGUGAGGGAUGUAUGGCAACGUACUUGAAAAGCUUCGCCAGUGAAUGUAAGGAACACCCAGGCUUGGAGGCCACUCUCCUGCUUUGACACAUAUUGCAAAGUUAUCUGCUCAAAAGACCAGCCUUCUCUUUCCUCAGAUGGCUUGGUUUCCCAAGGGAGGAUGUAGAAGUAGACGGGGAAAGAGGAGGAGAAAAUGUACGUUCUUCCUUUCUUAUGAACUUGAAACCCACUGGACUUAAAGUAAAACUUGAAAGCUUGACACCAGCAUCCUUGGUAGAAGGGGACAUUCGGUGCUUCCGAGCCCCUCCAGGCCCCUCCCUAGGCUCUGCUGGAAUCCCACUGGAAAAGCAUACUGCCUAGGCCUUCUAGGGGAGAUCCUCCAGCACAGAAGACUUGACUCCUGUCCCAAGAGUGUGUAAGAGGUCCAUAAAAGCAGGGGCCAUAUUUAUUUGCUUACACAUUGGGACAGAUCACAAGGCACUGAAACCGAAGUAUAAACUCAUUUCCAGCUUCGCCUGUGGUGAUGGCUCUCCCUUGUCUUCCCAUUGUUCCAACAAACUACAUCUGGGGCAGUUGCUGCUAAACGUAGAUACUCUGUGCUGAAACACUGGCAUCCGAUCUGUUAGAAUGAAUUAAAACAAAUGCUCAUCCUAUAGUUCAGCUCCCCAGCCUUUGUGAUUUUAACCGCCAUGCUUCACAACCAGUUAGUUUCUUACAUUCUUAGCCAACAGCAUCUCUCAGAGGAGAUCCCAGCACCCACCGUUCCCCUUAGUAUCUUCAUUUUCUUCUUCUGACCAGUUGAAUGGAGACUCCAGUUCUCGAGCGCCUACAUUUUGGUUACCUGAAGUUUUUAGACUGAGGACGAGAAUUGCCAUUCUUCCUGAUGGAAAUGGUGAUAAAAUACACAGACACCCAUCCGCCGCCAUUUGCUCAGUGCUCCCUUUGGUGCUUUGGCACUUUAUACAAAUUACCUCUAACUCAUACAACAACCCUUGAAGGUAUGGACAGUACUGUCACUGUUUCACAGCUGAGAAAUCAGAUGCACACAAUCAUCUGAAAUCAAAGGCCACAGAAGGAACAGAUUGGCUUCCCUUCAUGUUGUUUCCUUGUGAAAUAAAACAAAUGAAACACCUUUGUAGUGGAAUCUCCCUGGCUUGGGUGGGUGUUCUAAGUGGGCAGAGGAAUUACUUACAAAAUGCUCCAUUGGGGUCCACACACGUGAGGGAAAAUUCCUUCUAAGAAAUUUUGAUUUUGGAAGAGAAUUCAUUCACGAAUUCAACUCAC